AUGCUGUCUCACGCCGACCUCCUGGACGCCAGGCUAGGUAUGAAAGAUGCCGCCGAGCUUCUGGGCCACCGGGAGGCGGUGAAAUGUAGGCUGGGCGUGGGGGGCUCCGACCCCGGGGGCCAUCCGGGGGACCUAGCGUCCAACUCCGACCCAGUCGAGGGAGCCACUCUGUUGCCCGGGGAGGACAUCACCACUGUGGGCUCGACGCCGGCCUCGCUGGCGGUGAGCGCAAAGGACCCAGACAAGCAGCCGGGGCCUCAAGGAGGCCCGAACCCCAGCCAAACCGGCCAGCAGCAAGGCCAACAGAAACAGAAGCGCCACCGAACGCGCUUCACCCCGGCGCAGCUCAACGAGUUGGAGAGGAGCUUCGCCAAGACUCACUACCCCGACAUCUUCAUGCGCGAGGAGCUGGCGCUGCGUAUUGGACUGACCGAGUCCCGAGUGCAGGUCUGGUUCCAGAACCGGCGCGCUAAGUGGAAGAAGCGCAAGAAGACCACCAACGUCUUCCGCGCGCCGGGCACGCUGCUGCCCACGCCGGGCCUGCCUCAGUUCCCGUCAGCCGCCGCCGCGGCCGCCGCCGCCAUGGGCGACAGCCUGUGCUCUUUCCACGCCAACGACACCCGCUGGGCGGCGGCCGCCAUGCCGGGCGUGUCACAGCUGCCGCUGCCGCCGGCGCUGGGCAGGCAGCAAGCCAUGGCGCAGUCGCUGUCCCAGUGCAGCCUGGCGGCAGGGCCGCCGCCCAACUCCAUGGGCCUGUCCAACAGCCUGGCGGGCUCCAACGGCGCGGGGCUGCAGUCACACCUCUACCAGCCCGCCUUCCCCGGCAUGGUGCCCGCCUCCCUCCCCGGCCCCAGCAACGUCUCCGGCUCGCCCCAGCUCUGCAGCUCCCCGGACAGCAGCGACGUGUGGCGGGGCACGAGCAUCGCCUCCCUCCGCCGCAAGGCACUAGAGCACACAGUCUCCAUGAGCUUCACUUAA